AUGGCCAAUCCAAAUCGUGAAAGUGUUAGUACACGAUUCUCGGACAAUUACGACCUUAAGGAAGAAUUAGGAAAGGGAGCAUUUUCUAUUGUGAGACGCGCUGUCCAAAAAUCGACUGGAUAUGAAUUUGCUGCCAAAAUAAUCAAUACCAAGAAGCUUUCAGCCAGAGAUUUCCAAAAAUUGGAAAGGGAAGCCCGAAUUUGCCGAAAAUUACAACAUCCUAAUAUUGUUAGAUUACAUGAUUCAAUUCAGGAAGAACACUUCCACUACCUCGUAUUUGACUUAGUUACGGGCGGUGAAUUAUUCGAGGAUAUUGUUGCGAGAGAAUUUUAUUCGGAAGCCGACGCAUCCCACUGUAUCCAACAAAUAUUGGAAUCUGUACAUCAUUGCCAUCAUAAUGGUGUUGUUCAUAGAGAUUUAAAGCCAGAAAAUUUAUUACUUGCAAGCAAGGCUAAAGGCGCUGCAGUCAAAUUAGCGGAUUUUGGAUUAGCAAUUGAAGUCCAAGGUGAACAACAAGCAUGGUUCGGCUUUGCUGGUACUCCAGGAUACUUAUCACCGGAGGUUUUAAAGAAAGAGCCUUAUGGCAAGCCCGUAGAUAUUUGGGCUUGUGGUGUAAUUUUAUACAUCCUGCUAGUUGGAUAUCCCCCAUUUUGGGAUGAAGAUCAACAUCGUUUAUACGGCCAAAUUAAGGCUGGUGCUUAUGAUUACCCAUCACCUGAAUGGGACACUGUAACACCAGAAGCUAAAAGUCUCAUCAAUCAGAUGCUGACUGUCAAUCCCAGCAAAAGAAUUACGGCUUCCGAAGCCCUGAAGCACCCAUGGAUUUGCCACCGCGAGCGUGUUGCAUCUGUUAUGCACAGACAGGAGACUGUGGAUUGCUUAAAGAAAUUCAACGCACGUCGCAAACUAAAAGGUGCGAUCCUAACAACUAUGCUUGCUACACGAAACUUUUCGGGCAAGUCCAUGGUUAACAAGAAAAGUGAAGGAUCACAAGUAAAAGAAUCCACAGAUAGUAGCACUACUUUGGAAGACGAUGAUUUGGAUAAGGACAAGAAAGGCGUAGAUAGAGCGUGUACAGUUAUAUCUAAAGAACAUGAUGAAGACGGUCUGUCUAAAGCCGAUUCGUUUGGAAAAGCUCGAGGUGAUAGUAACGCCUCCCUUCGCCGUGCCGAAGUUAUCAAAGUUACUGAAAUUCUGAUAGAUGCUAUUAAUAAUGGCGACUAUGAGACCUAUUCCAAACUCUGUGAUCCGAAUGUCACAUCCUUCGACCCUGACGCUCUAGGUAACUUGAUAGAGGGCGUGGAAUUUCACAAGUUUUUCAUCGAUAAUACACCAACGCAUGUGAAAACCAAUACUACGAUUCUCAAUCCAAGAGUGCACUUACUUGGUGAUGACGUAGCUAUAAUUGCAUAUGUAUGUGUUACACAAAGUGUAGAUGCAGAGGGUCGUCGUUCCACCAGCCAGACACAAGAGACCCGUAUUUGGCACAAACGCUACAACAAAUGGACUGCUGUUCAUUUUCAUCGCUCCUAA